GGACUGGGCCGGAACACCUCUCAUCUGGUACUGAUAGAGAGGUGGAGGCUGUUGGGGCGUAGAUGUAACAGACACGGUGCAAGUACAAGGCCUCUCUUUGGCGGUAACCCCGGUCCGUGAACGCUAACGUCCACCAACUCCGCGUAGUUUCGUCUAAUCUACGCACUUUUUUUCUUAGGCUUCUAAGAAGCACAAAAGAGUGAAGUCAGUGUGACCCAGAAAGAUAUUUGACAACUUUUUGGUGUUCUUCGUCAACUACAAUAAACCAUAAACCCUAAUUUCAACUUUCGAUUGCUCAAAACUUUGGAUCCUUUUGGAAUCUAAUCAGAUUGGUGUCGCAGAAAACCACCAGGGACGUUCAGUAUGUGCAGCUUCAGUUUUUGAGUCAGAGAAAAAACCAUUAUGUCAAGUCUCGGAGGUAUAGGGUUCAGUAACACGAGCAGUGCAACAACAAGGAAGAAGAGAAGCACCACACUGCGCCGGCCUUGGAAUGAACGGCAGUUACAGGAUGCUUCCUCAUUGCCAUCCACACCAAUCCCUGACAAUGAAUUGGCCUUUUGUUUGCAGAAUGAGAAUAAGAUGGAAGAGAGAGAAGCGGUGGAGUCAGACGAAGGUUCAACAAAUGGUUCGUUCCAAGGAAGCAACCUAGUGAAGCAAGGUGGAGGACACAGCACUGCAUCCACUGAAGGGUUUCUUGCCCCUUCCAAUAAGAAAGACUCGAUAGACACAUCAGAGCGUCGAGCUGGUUUUGAUGUUCUACCCGUCGUCAAGAAGGUUAAACUCAAGAUCGGUGGUUCGUCAAGAACUAUAAAUGCAGUAUCUGCAUCCGACAGUGCUUCUGAACUAAGAGGGACACCGUUGGAUUCAGCAAGCAAAGCAAAUUCAUGUAAUGAUACACGAGAUAGCAAAACAAACACAUAUCCGAUUCGUAAAAGCAAUCGGAUCUCUAAACGACGGGUUCUUGAUGAGGAACUCGAUAGUCUUGAUGAUGAUGAUGAUGACGAAAAAAUUCAGUUUCUCAGAAGGGUGAAAAUGGCUAAAGCUGUUACUGUGGAAGAAGAUGUUGAUGACGAUGGAGAAAGGAGCAGAAAACAUAAAAAGCUCUCCAAGGUGAUGAAACAAAACGUAGGAACAUCAGAGAAGUCAAGCAAGAAGGUUAAGACGGUGAAAACAUUUGACGAUGCUGAUUAUGUCAAGGAAGAUGAGGAAGAAGUUCUGAGUGAGGCAGAGGUUGGGGUAGAAAACAAGAGCGCGAGAACUAGAAGAAGAGCAGAUGAUGAAGGUUUUAGUGAGCUUAAGCCAGAAAUGACUGUGACUACUCGUCGACGCUCUGGACAUAGCGGAAAUGCCAUUGAGUUUCCUCUUGGCCUACCUCCGGCGCCACCUAGAAAGCGGAAAGAAAAUGGAUUAGAGGGUGAUCAGCAACUAAAGAAAGCUGAGGCUGCACAGAGACGUAAACUGCAAGUUGAAAAAGCAGCUAGAGAGUCAGAGGCUGAAGCAAUCAGGAAGAUCCUUGGCCAAGACUCUAGCAGAAAAAAGAAGGAAGAUAAGAUAAAGAAACGCCAAGAAGAGAAGGCUAAGGAGAAAGCUGCAGACUCGUUUGCCCGUAGAUCAGACACGGUGAAGUGGGUGAUGGGUCCUUCAAGAACCGUUGUAACCUUCCCAGAAGAACUUGGAUUACCAGCUAUAUUCAACUCUGGACCUCACAGCUAUCCUCCACCUCGGGAGAGAUGCGCGGGUCCAGAAUGUACCAACCCAUACAAAUACAGAGAUUCAGAAUCAAAUCUUCCAUUGUGCAGCCUCCGAUGCUACAAGGCCAUCAAAGGCUAAGUGCUUAUUCAAGCCGUUACUAAAGUUUGUGACAGAAAAUAAUAUGGUUCUUGUAAAUAAUAGUAAUGGAGCAACAUAGGUAUGGUAUAACGAACCGAUAUAUAGAUUUGUGCGUUUUUGUUAUAAUAAUCAAGUGUAUGUAAAUAAACAUAGAAUAUGAUGUAUGAAAACGGUCUUAUGUAAUUGUUAUGUGCUUUUAUCUCAUGAUGUUAUAUUGCAUAGAAUAUGA